UGCGGGAGUCCAGGCGCAGCAGGCCGGAGGCAGGUCGGCGGGACCCUGGGCUCGGUGAGGAAUUCGUGCCGGACAGCGCCUAACCCGGCGGGCGAGCGGGCGGCGGCGUGCGGCGCCGUUGAGGGCGCUGCCCCGCGCGCUCCCAGGCCGCCCCGGGUCCUGGGCUCUUCCUUCGAAGGAGGAGCAGCGCCCGGGACCGAAGAGCGGGGGCAGACGGGGGCGCUGCCAAGGCUCGAGCCCGACGCGGUAUCUCGAGUCGCAGGUUGGCGCCCCGGGUCAGGGACUGAGGCUUGGGCGCCGCCUGCCCGACCGGAGAUUCGGGUUUGCCUCCCGCCGCCGCUCAGGCCCCUGAGGUGGGUGAGGCGGCCCCGGGAGCAUGAGCGGGCAGCGCGUGGACGUCAAGGUGGUGAUGCUGGGCAAGGAGUACGUGGGCAAGACGAGCCUGGUGGAGCGAUACGUGCACGACCGCUUCCUGGUGGGGCCCUAUCAGAACACCAUCGGGGCCGCCUUCGUGGCCAAGGUGAUGUCCGUCGGAGACCGGACGGUGACUUUGGGUAUUUGGGACACAGCAGGCUCUGAGCGCUACGAGGCCAUGAGCCGAAUCUACUAUAGGGGCGCCAAGGCUGCCAUCGUCUGCUAUGACCUUACGGACAGCAGCAGCUUUGAGCGGGCAAAGUUCUGGGUGAAGGAACUGCGCAACCUAGAGGAGGGCUGUCAGAUCUACCUGUGUGGCACCAAGAGUGACCUGCUAGAGGAGGACAGGCGGCGUCGACGUGUGGACUUCCAUGAUGUCCAGGACUAUGCUGACAAUAUCAAAGCUCAGCUCUUUGAAACAUCCAGCAAGACAGGCCAGAGUGUGGACGAGCUCUUCCAGAAAGUGGCAGAGGAUUACGUCAGCGUAGCUGCUUUCCAGGUGAUGACAGAGGACAAGGGCGUGGACCUGGGCCAGAAGACAAACCCCUAUUUCUACAGCUGUUGUCAUCACUGAGUCAUCACUCAUCUGGCCUGGGGGAAUUAAAGGAAUUCCUCCAGAGGGGCUGGACCUAGCUCUUGUCCGGGCCUGGGUGGUCAAGCGUUUGAGCUACCCCAGGUCCCCAUGGCAGCAGAGGUGGCACCUACCUGUGCUGGCCCAUGGAACAGAGGCAGCAUUGGGCUGACUGAUGGGCAUGAGGGUAAGGGCUGAUUUGGACCUCAGGCUUCUGCCCUGGACAGCACUUGUCUCUGCAGAUUACUUAAGUGGCUUCUGAUUUGUAAAUAAAAUCAAUGCACUGUGAAUCACACUCACCCCUUUCCCUGCUGUGUGGACUGGGUGUCAACAACCUAGUUCUUUCUGGGGCCACCUGGCUGGCCUCAUUUCCUAUAUUAAGGCUCCUCUCAGCUCUUAUUUUCCUUUGGAAACCAAGUAACUUCACACCAGGGUUGCGACUGAGAUAAUGGAGAAACAAAAGGGCCCUUUCCUAUUCUUUAGUGGGGGCAAAGAUAGGGUGAGAGAUUGGGCAGUGGAAAGUUCAGUUUGUUCCUGGUGCUGAGAAGAGCAAAGCAAGCACUAAAUGGUGUCUAGAGAUCAAAGGGUCAAGCACUUCCACCUCAGACUGGCUGGCUCUACCACAUCUCUGUCAUGUCUAGGUCUGUGAGUUAUGCCUAUGGCUCAGAUCCUAAGCUUACCAGCAACAUCCUACAAAGUGGUUCAACAGUAGAAAAAUCAUAGGUUCUGCAAGACAGAAAGGUCUUAGGGAUCCAGACUGGGAUCCAGUUCAGCUACUAACUUAGAAAAGGGACUUGAACUCAGCCUGAGUUUCUCUUCUGUAAAAUGAGGUGAGCACUACCCAGUUCAGGACUGUGAAGAUCAAGAGUGAAAAGUAACUCUAGGACUAAAUGUUUGUCUUCCCUCACUCUUCCCUGGAGAGCUUUUUGCCCAAGGGGCAGGAAGUUCAGGACUAGUUCAGAAGAGAAGGCAGACUCCCAAGUUUCCCCCAAAGUGUAUUUUUGGACCUUGGAGAUCCAGAUAUUUCUGAAGGAUCUGGUGUUACUGUAGACAGGGCUGAAGCUUCCUGUUCAACCAAAAUGAAGUGUAUGCAGCCCUUUCCGGUAUGAGAGGCUUGGCCCCUUUGCCUCUGCUUUCCUGCCUUAGGCCUGGGCUGGGUCCUCUGCAGUGCCCAGCACCUGCCUCUGAAGAACUAAAGACGUGGCCAAGAUGGUCAGACUCACACUCGGUAAAUUGGUUUGGUUCCACUUCCUUUUUUAAAAUGAAUUCCUCAAAAUACCCUUCCUUCAUGGUUAAUAUAUAUAGGCUUCCUGUGUAGGGACUGAAACUCACACCAGCCACUCCCAAAAGAAGUGAAAAGACAUUCCAGCAGCUGGUGGCUACUGGCAGGAAACACACCACCACUCCCAUGAGGUGCUUGGAGGAAGGGCUUGGCUCCACUGUGUCCCCACCUGGGAACUAUCUCAGGGGCUGGCUUCUGCUCUCACCCCAAACCCAUCCUCCCUCCUGUUAAGCUACAUCUCCCCACGGACAACAAAACAAAACACAGGGCAAGGGCCAUAAGAGUAAAGUUAAACUUUACUUUACAGUAAUUUUUUUCUAUAUACAAAGAAUUACAGUACAUGUUUAUGGGGACUCCUAACACAGGGCUCCCCUCUUUUUCACUAGGAGUUUCACUUACAGCUGACAAUCUGUGGGGGUGAGGAGGAGGAAAAAAAUCAGUGAUGGACCUCAGCUGACCCCCCCCACCCGUUUCGUAAAAAUAUAAAGAUAGAUGUCUAUUGUCAGCUUGUUUCUUUGCCAAGACUUAGAAAGCUGCUCUUCUGUGAGCUCCUGUGUGCUGCACUCACCCAUCUUCAACACAUUCUCACCUACAUGCACACACAGGCAGCACCCCCUCAGACUUGGACACUGCCUGUUCUCUGCCCCUACCCUGGAAGUCUAAAGCACCGGAACCAUUCAUCUCUCCUACUCCAGGGGUUCACCUUCUGUCGACACAGCUUUGCUUGACUUCCAGGGUGUUACACCUGAAGCCCCUCAAUAGCCUGAUGUUUUGAAAGGCAUGAGAAAGCAGCUCUAGAGAAGGGACCACAUACGAGUUUAACAUGUGCUGUUUUUGCUUAUGUUGAUAGGAAACAUUUCUUCUCAGGCUGUGGAUUUCUAAUUAAACUCUUUUCCACUU